AUGGCCCACAAAGCUGCCAUUGAAGCAUUGGACCGUACAUUGAAAGACAUUAGAAACAGCCCAACUACCAUGGGGGGAGUAACUGUGAUGUUUUCUGGCGACUUCAGACAAACUCUGCCUGUUGUGGUGCGGGGAACGAGGGCUGAUGAUAUCAAUGCAUCUCUGAAGCGAUCCACAUUGUGGCCAACCGUUGAACGCCUCUCACUGACAUUGAAUAUGAGAGCUGUUUCUAUUGACCAACAACGAGAUGAGGAAUUCUCAGAAAUUCUAAUAAAGCUUGGAGACGGAACUUUAGAUAAUAUAAAUGGUAUAAUAACGAUCCCCCCUUCACUUGGUGUUGUUGUCAGCUCACAAGAUGAACUGAUAACCAAUGUCUUUCCAGGUGUUCAUGACUUACUUAAGAUGGAGAGUGCAUGGCUCUGUGAUCGUACGAUUCUCUCUCCCAAAAACGACCAAGCAAAACAGAUAAACAUGAAGGUGAUGGCUCUCUUCCACAGCGAAGAACGCACGUAUACAUCUGUGAACACCGUCCUGAGAGAAGACGAUGCUGUAAACUACCCGGCAGUUUCUCGACUCAGUUUCAGCACCCGGCUUGCCUGA